AUGGGUCUUAACGCGCUCUUCACGUAUGUUGGCUCCGCUAGCUCUUCCCCGCAUUCUGCUUCCCCGGAUGCAUCCAGGAGCUCGACUGACAUGGUCUGGUCGCACAGCCGCCGCGCCUUCGGCAUCACCUUUGCUGGACUGAGUGCUUCUUACCUGCUGCUCAAGACUGCCCACCCCCACGCCCAGCAGAGACCUGCUGGCGACUACCGCGUCGAGACACACCGCUCUGGUGGUGGAAUCUAA